CUAUCAUUCAAGGCGAUUUUUCUGUCCCUGCUCUGCUAGUCAAAGUCAAGUUAAAGUUUUGCUAUUGUCACCUUCGUCAGCAUCAUUCAAUGAUGAUACGCUGACAUGAAAUUUCGAUCUCGUUGGUCGUAUUGCAAGAAACAACACUAAGACAUUUCAACGCGACAUAUUGAGACAUGGCCACAAGACACAGAAAGAAAAAAAGUGGGGAAACGGUGGCUGGAGACGGGAAUGUGAUGAUGCACAGAGAGGGGAGAGAAAAAUAGCAGCCAAACCCUCCACCCUCAUACUUACAAUCGCAGCGCUGGCGGCACCCGGGUAGGACGAAACGAGUGUGAAGGGCGACUGGAAAAACUGUGCUGUAGCUGUAUACCACGAAAGUAGGUAACAAGACACUGUCUGAUACAUUAAUUGCCGACCAUUCUAGGCAGCAUUAUAGCACGCAGGGAUACGCAAGUGAUACCUCGGGCUGCCCCCGAUCAUGCAUUUAUGCUGUUGUUUUGCUGCUCGACCUGUCAGUAGUCAGUGAACUUGCGAUGCACACCGAACCUCAUUGGUGACGUUAGCAUGGUGCCUUUACAGGCGAAUGCACAUCAGACUACUCGGACACGUUUUUCAGAGAACUCGUUAGUUCGCCCUGGAAAUAUUAGUAUUAGUAUGGCUACCAUGCUGAUGUUAGGGGUUUGGUGUGUGUGUGUGAAUUAGAAGGCUAGCUAGAUAUUUAGCAAUGCAGCUAAGAGUACCAACAGGCUCCGGUUGGCAGGUAAAGUAUAUGCUGAUUAGUGUAGAGUCUUAGUGGCGUUUGAAAGCGAUCUCACCCUCCGGCUGGUACUAUGAGAACAUGACGAGGCUCCUACCGUAACGGUGGGAUCGAGUAACAGCACCUGAUCUGGGUGCUCUGCGAGGUGGGCCUGUCUGACCGGUGUGUGUAGCUGCUGGCCUGGCUGUAGGAGCCCCCCCCUGCUGGCCAGACCCGCACAGCUGAGCCAGCCGCCACGCAGCACACCCACGCGAUGUGCCUCUCAGGCGCCAUGAACGCGGGCAAGCAGAGCACGAGCCUGGAGCCAGGCGCGAGCCGCGGGGUGCUGCUGGAGCCCUUCAUCCACCAGGUGGGCGGCCACACCAGCAUGAUGCGCUACGACGACCACACCGUGUGCAAACCGCUCAUCGCCCGCGAGCAGCGAUUCUACGAGGCUCUGCCGCCGGAGAUGAAGGAGUUCACCCCCGAAUACAAAGGUCUGGUGCUGGUGUGCUUUGAGGGCGACUGCGACGGCUACAUCAACUUGGUGGCGUACCCCUUUGUGGAGAGCGAGGCCACGGGCCGCGACGACGUGGCCGAACCAGAGCAUCCGCGACGCAAGCAGUCCCGCCGGAGCCUGCACCGCGCCGGCAGUGACCACAGGGACGAUGCCGAGGGCACGGAGAGCCCCCAGGAGCCAGAGAGCCCCCACCUGCAUCUGCUCCACUCGGAUGUCUCCUUCCGGAUGCUGGACGGCAACAGUGGCCCAGCAACGGAGAAGAUUGGCCACAAUCCUUGGAGCCUGCGCUGCCACAAGCAGCAGCUGAGCCGCAUGCGCGCCGAGUCCAAGGACCGGCGACUGUACAAGUUCCUGCUGCUGGAGAACGUGGUGCACCGCUUCGGCCGUCCCUGCAUCCUGGACCUGAAGAUGGGCACGCGGCAGCAUGGCGACGAUGCCACCGAGGAGAAGGCCGCCCGCCAGAUGAGGAAGUGUGAGCAGAGCACGUCAGCCUCGCUGGGCGUGCGUGUCUGCGGCAUGCAGGUCUACCAGGUAGACACGGCGCACUACCUCUGUAGAAACAAGUACUACGGCCGUGGCUUGUCCGUGGAGGGCUUCCGGCAAGCUCUAAGCCAGUUCAUGCACAACGGCAUCCAGCUACGGAGGGACCUGUUCGAGCCCAUUCUGGACAAGCUGGUUCGCCUUAAAGCGGUGCUGGAGAAGCAAGCUUCCUAUCGCUUCUACUCCAGUUCCCUGCUCAUCAUCUACGAGGGCAGGGAACCCAGGCUCAGACCGUCGGGGCAGGAUGGGUCGGCGGUCCACAGACCUUCAGAACCUGCCCUAUUACCUUGGAUCCCGGCGGCCUCCAGUGACCUUCCUCCGCAGCCCCCAGCUGCUUUUCCCCCGCCAUGCGUCGAUGUGCGCAUGAUAGACUUCGCUCACACCACAUUCAAAGGUUUCAGAGAUGACCCCACAGUUUACCAUGGGCCUGACAAGGGGUUUGUGUUCGGCCUGGAGAGUCUCAUCAGGGUUCUGGAAGGCAUUCGGGAAGAGACCCAGUAGCUAGGAACAGGGCAUAAUAAAUGUGCAAAGCCUUUCUGUUAGCUCGGAUCUGAAAUAAAUGCCCAGCAAAGUGGAUGCCAUGCCAGAUGUGGUCUCCAUAUAGUUGUUAUGGUCGCCCUCAUUAGCACAUAGUAGGAUGAUAAACUAGGUCACUUAUCACUCCCACGAGGGAUUUCCAAAUACUGCAGCAAGUCGCAGGAAGCUCAGAGAGGGUCCCUGCUGGGGUUUGGGGGAGGGGGGACCUAGAGAACCGGCUAUAUGGUGAAUGUAAGGGAAGAACCCGGUUUGGUUCCGUAACCAUGGCGCUGUGGCUCAGCUGUCCUGGAAAGGACUGGGAGUACUUUGUUUUUAUAAAAACUGUGCAUCUCCCGCUGAAAUCCCACAUCUUUUGUGAAUAUAAAGAAAAAAAAAACGAUUCAUGAUUUUUGGAUUAUUUUGCGAGGUUAUUUCACCAUUCAGUUUUCCGCGUCUGUGUGUAGAGAUGUAUAUUUUACAUGUAUUAUGUGCAGAUAGAAAGAAUUGCAUAAUAUUAAAAAAUGACAUUUAUAUUUGUAUAUGAACUAUAUAUGUAUAAAAGUAAAAAUAUAUAACAUUUAAAUAUAUGUGAUGAACCCUUUCAGCAGUUGUUAGAGCAGGAUUGGAUAUGGAGUUUUAUGUGUUAGGCUGGAAGUUACCUGCAAUCUCCCUUAGCACUUAUGAUGCAGAUAGCUGUGGAUAGUGUGAGCAUCACCGAAACCAUCUAAAUGUUAAUGUUAAAUAUUAAUGAUUUGCCACUAACUUUCUACGGUCCUUCACUUGAAUAAUCUACAGCAAUAUAUUGUUUCCUGUCUGUGAGGUUACUGUCAGUUGUGUUCAAGUAUCAGAAGACAUAUUGUUGAUGGACAGCUGUGCUGGACUCUGCAGGGUGUCGCCAGGUGUAACCUGACUAGAGGCAAUCCGCCUUAAGCAGCAAUCAUUUCUGAGAAAGUUCUCCAGACAUGCAGCAGAAGAGCUUUUGUUAUUGAGCUGUUCUACUUCACAAUGACAAACAUUCCUUAAGGAGAAUAACAUAUUCUGUUUGUGUAUCACAAAGUGAUUGAGUCUUUAGUGGCUUUGCUUCUAGUAAGAGUGCAUAGAGAUCUUUUCCUAAUCUUGGACACAAUAGAAUAUUUUUUUCCCCCUGUGUUCCCAUCUCCCAUCACUAUGCACCAUAUAGUUGCGUUCCUGUUUAGAUCAAUCUGCAUGCAGUAGGCUAAAUCACUUUUAAGGGAAAAAAAAAAUUAUAUGUUGCACUAGGAAUUAAAUUGUUUGUACUUUUAAAUGUUUUUUUUUCCCUCUCGUUACAAACUGACAAAAUCAUUCCCACGCGUCUAAUCUUCGUAUUGUCUAUGCCAAAAAUAAUUACAAUAAAAACAGAAUUAUAUAGAUCAUUUUUUUUCUAAUCCUUUUCUCACUUUUCCUCAAUGUUUCUCUUCCACUGCAAUAUUCAUACUUUGCUUUUUAGUUUCUGGGUUACAGACUCCUUUGUGAACAGAGCAAUGGUAAAAUGAUGUAUUUGUUCCAAACAUUAAUAUAAUUUCAUUAUUGCUCCAGCGUAAUUUUUAAAGUGACUACAGUUAAUUUGUGAAGGCGAACCUUUAUCUCCAGACCUAGCUGAUUUUUAGUUACAUGUUUUGUUGCAGUUCAUAAUUCUUCCCAGCAGAGGGCCACAGCUCCGUUUUGUCCACCCUGGCUGGGUGCUGCUUAUUUGUGGUGGUCUA